AUGGACGGACCGACAGGGGCAACUACAAUAUACGCCCAUACUUACAGGUGUUGGCAUCAUAAUUGGACAAGUGCCCCGAAAGCUAUUCCAUAUUGGCAUCCUGAAGAAGAUCCUGGGCAACAUCAGUGUUUUAAGAAUUGGGAUGAGUCGAGUCAAGCUAUGGCGGCAGAUGUUAUUGUGGAAGGCUGUAUGAUUGCUGAGAAUGAUCGUGGUGUUCGCUACAUGCGCCUUUUUGCAAAUGGUGAUAGUUCUGAGUAUGCAGGAAUACAGGAGGCAGUACCAAUUUGGGGUCCUCAUGUAACUAAGCUAGAAUGUGUAAAUCAUGCAUGUAAAUGCUUCAGAAGCAGUUUGGAAAAAUCGGUUGACAUUCUACCAAAAUUAAAGGGAAGAGGAAAGUUGACCUUGCCGACUAGAAUAAGAUGA